AUGAUGAUUACCAAAUGGAGUGGCAAGGAUUUCUUCAUUGCUCAGAUCUAUGUUGAUGAUAUCAUCUAUGGAUCAACAUCCAAGAAACUUGAUGAUGGAUUUCAAAACUCUUCGUGUGAAGAGUUCAAAAUGAGCAGUGUUGGUAAAUUAAGGUUCUUUCUAGGUCUACGAAUUCAACAACAUAAGAAUGAAAUUUAUAUCUAUCAAGAGCAAUAUGCCAAUCUUGUCAAAAUAUUUUUUCUUGAAAAACCCACUCCAAAGCUCAGUCUCAUGUCCAUAACUGGGAAACCACAAAGAGGUGAGAAAGGUGAUAAAGUGGAUCUGAAACUCUACAGGUUCAUUAUUGGUAGCUUCUUGUAUUUAAUAGCCACGAGACCUGACAUUGCCUUUAGUGGAAGUUGUUGUGAAAGAUUUCAAGUUGAUCCCAAAGAGUCUCAUCUCACAACUGUAAAAAGGAUUCUCCGAUGUAUUAAACAUACUACUGGGUUUAGUCUUUAUUACAUCUUUGAUACUAACACUGAACUUACUACUUAUUCUGAUGCAGACCGGGCAGGAUGCAUGGAAGAGAAGAAGAGUACAACGAAAGGAUUUUUUCACGUGGGACUAAAUCUUGUCGCUUGGCAUAGCAAGAAACAAAACUCACUAUCCUUAUCAACAUGUGAAGCACAAUACAUUGCAUCAGGUUCCUGUUAUACUCAACUCUUAUGGAUGAAACAGAUGCUUACUGACCAUGGAACAGAUGUUGAAACUGUGAAAAUCAUUUGUGAUUCGAAUUACUGA